AUGUAUGAUACAGUAAGUCACUUGUCCUUGUCUUCCUCAGCUGUCAUUGGAGUAACCGCUACCAACAGCACUUCUAGCCGUCAUUCUGCCUUGUGGGUGAGGCCAAAGCCAGUCUAUCGGUGCGAGUUCUCGGGACGAUUGUGCGACUGGAAGAACGAUCUGGACAACUGGGGAAGCCAAUGGGCAAUUGCAGAAGUACCAGGCUCUGCAACUAAUUCAAUUGUCAACAAGAGAAAUCAGGCAGCUUGUCUUAGUCGGAUAGCUGCUGCCGAUCGCAUACCGAGCGAUUCACGAGAUUCUGACAACGAGGAAGGUGAUCCUACCGAUUCUCCUUGGCUCAUGGAUUUAGCAGCUCAUUCACGUCAAUCUCCUGCAGGCAGUCAGCGUGUCGCAAGCAAAUCGUUUCAAGCCCGACUAUGGAGCGCCUCGAUUCCGGCCCUCCUGGGCCUGCGCUGUCAGACCUUUGUGUACCGAAUUGAUAUUGGCCAGCCUGCUUCCGUGUCCCAUAAUAAUCGUCCUAGUGAUCCGAGACCCAGAAAGCCAAACACUUCUAUAAAGUCUGGUAGUUUGGCUGGGCUAUCACUCCUAAAAAGGCAAGAAGGGUAA